AAAAAAGUACCUGAAUUCUAAAAAAGAAAACGUUUCUUUUUCUUUUUCUAUAUAUAUAUAAAUAUUAUGAACCGUACCAGGGGAAGAAGUAUUUCUCAGCUUCACAACCCAAGUGAUGACGAGGUAAACGCUCCAUCUAUAACCAAACCGAGAUCCAUAACUAUUUUAUCAGUUAACAACGAUAGAAAGGCAUUUUGAAUUUGUCAAUAUGGCAUUCAAGUACAGUAUCAAUGACUUGGAAAUGAUCAUUCAAAUGCUUCGGGCCAGGUAACAAAAAGACCCCUUCGAUGAUGGAGAAAAAAUUGAUUCACUCGGUUAGGCUUGCGGCCGAAGAAGUUUAUUUGAAAGAACUCUAUAAAGUCAAGAGGUUAGCUUCUUCGAACGAUUCAGAUAGACCUUCUUUUCAUCAUGAAACACAAAAUUCGUUUCAAACAGCCGUAAAGUCAUAUGAAGCAACCAUCAAUGACACAAUUGAGAAUCGCGCCAGACAUAAGGACACGAUCAAACUUGAAAUAGAUGUGCUUGUUCGACAAAAAGAAAUGGAGGAACAGAACCGAAAGACAUACAAAACAAAAUUGGCUGAAGCUAAUUUGAAUUACACUACAUUUCGCAACCGUGAUAUUGUCAAACUUCAAAAAACAUAUACACACAAAUGUGAAGAUUUGAAAAUGGCACAGAACAACUGGCAGCAGCUGCAACAACAAGAGGAAAAUAAUGAGCUCCUUAGGUCAAAUAGAAAUUCGAUGGAAGUAAAUCCUUCUCGACUAUCGGGUGAAAGUACAAAUCGAGAGAUUGAUAGUAAUACUGUAACAGAUCAACACAAAAAAGGUAUGGCUGGAUUGAUCUCUCAAAUGCGUACAAGGGCUGCCGCCAAUAUCACGCCAGCCGAUCAAAAUAAACAGAUCACAAAAUUCGCCAAAAUGAAAAAGGAUAUUUCAGAGGCUGAUGGUGAGUAUAGAGAUGGUAUUCUUGUAUUAGAAAACUUGAGAAAGAAGCAAACAAAGGCAACAGAAGAAGUAAACCGACAAUUGAAAAACACCAUCAAAAGAAAGACAGACACAGUCAAGACGUCUUUGACGAACAUCCUUCGAUCUGAAAUGGAAAGCAUACAAGUUGAUAUGAAUAUUGCCCGUACAUCUUUUGAAGCUGCUUCAAACAUCGAUAGUCUUAAAGAUAUUCAAAUGUUCAAUAUGCACUAUCAAUCCCAAGGCUACGUCCAACCUACACCUGUGCGCUAUGAAAACUUUUACAUGGAAGGAAAAUGCAAAGAGGUGUUAUUUGGAGGUUCUUUGGAGUCUUAUGCUCUUGAGCACAAUGCUACAGUGCCCAAACUAGUCAUAAAGUGCAUUGAAGCCAUUGAAAACAUGGGAGGUUUACAAAAAGAAGGCAUCUAUAGGGUGUCUGGAAGACAAUCUAAUAUUGAGCAAUUAAAGCACCAAUUCGAAUUAGACGAAGAUUUAGUUCAACUUGAUCCAUAUGACGUGUUUACAAUUGCCACUGUACUCAAGAUGUAUAUUCGUGAAUUAAAACGACCUUUGUUUGAUUUCAGUGUCCAGACAAGAGUAUCUUACAGCAAAAACAUGCCUCAAAAUCAAAGAUUCAAUAUGCUUGAGAAUAAGUUGGCUAACAUGUCACUAGCUCAUAGAAGCACAUUGCAUUAUCUUGUUUGCCAUUUGUCAAAGAUCAAUGCAAACUCUCAGAUGAACAAGAUGAAUAUUCCUAACCUUGCUCUUAUUUUUACACCUGUCAUUUUCCAUGAUUUCAAUCAGACAGAAGAAGGUACUACACAUAGCGACUGGUCUCCUGAAGAUUUGUUUGAAGAUUUAAUACUUCAUCAUGAAGUACUGUUUCAUAUCGCAGAAGAAAGUGCACGCAGAAACAAUGAACAAAAAUUACAAGAAGCAUUAAAUGGCAAGAAUCCUUACAGCCAAUUCUCUCAAAGUAAUCUGUUGUAUUUAAGUAAUUCUACUGUACCUUAUCCUCAGCAACAACAACAGCCAACCAGUGGCUUACUCUUGACUCAGCCUAUGAAUCCACCUAAUCUACCAAAAACAUCUAACUCUUCUGGAACUCCUUUAGAUUACCAGCCAUAUCAGCAACAACAGCAACAAUAUCCACCUAAAUUGACGACAAUUAUAGGCACAGCACCACCACAACAACAACAACAAUACAUGAGUUCAGUUCUUCCAUCUGCUCCACCUGCUGCUACUUCAACACCUCAAUCUAAUGGUCAUGUCUCACAACAGUAUCAAUCUUCUGAAUCCAGGCUGCCUUCUACUGGACCAUCUCCCUCAUAUCAACAACAGCAGCCUAUAGCCUCUUUGCCAAAAGAUAAACCUCUUACUGUUAUUACAAGAAGAGGUUCUUCUAUGAGUCAUCAUUACCUAAACAACACUGCACCCUCUUCAGCUAUUGAGCCAUCAAGUACCGAGUACAGCCCUAUGCCCACCAAAAGAAUUAGUUUGUCUGAUUUGCCCAGAAGAGACAGCAGCGCACAACAAAUAAAGCUCCCCCGACAAGACUCUUUGCGCAAAAACAGCAGUUCAUCUUUGUCGAGUCAAACAAGCGCAGCUAGUACUAAAACAACUACAGAUACUCAGCAACAACACACUUAUUAUCAAGCUAAUUUCAGCCAAGAUACCAUGUUAGCUGCUGUUGAAGAAACCACCAAUCUGGAUGAACUUGUUGAAUACAAUUCUCCUACUAUGGCUAAACCUCCCAGUUCUACUUAGAUAAUUAAUUUGUUAUUAAGCGGCAAAGCGAGU